CACUGUUGUGGUAUAAAAGCCAACUCGCCAUCUGGUAACACUUGGUGCUUGCAAACAUUUAUCUCUCGACCAAUUUAAGGAAUUUGGAGCAAUAAGGGCAUUCCUGCGAGCUUUUCCAGGCCAACUGAGAUUACUUCAAGCCAAGGCAAACAGCGACAACAUGUCCCAAGGCGGUGGCGCUACUCCAGCGGGCGGUAAUCCCACAGCGCUCCAGGCGACCGGAGGGGGCGUGGUCUUCAGCAAGGUCUUCAUCCAGCGCGAUUAUAGCGAAGGAACCUCCGUCAAGUUCCACACACGGCUGCCCGCUGAGCUGGAGGGCAUGAUUGAGAGACACGUCUUCGAGGCCACCAUCAAUAGGCUAAACGAGUUCUACGCCGAGGCGGAGGAGGGAUCCUGUGGCACCUAUUGCGAGGGCUGCAUUGGCUGCAUCACGGCCUACUUGAUCUACAUGUGCUCCGAAACGCACUACGAAAAGACCCUUCGCAAGAUAUCUAAAUUUGUGGCUUCCCAAAACGAACGCAUUUACAACGCCAAGGGCCUGCAGCUGAUCGAUCCCACUUACCGGGGACUGCGCGUCAUAGAGAUUACAAUAUUCGAUCGUCCGGGGCGAACGUGACUUCCGCUUUCCCAUUCAGCCAACGAGUUUUUCAUGUGAGAUCGAGCAGCCACAGUCGCAUCAACAGGAAUGUGAAGGAGGAGAGUCCGUUUCAGCAAUUAUCAAGCAAAAGUCAGCGCCAUCGGAGUGCGUUUCCAAAAAUAUAAAUCAAUACAAAGCUGCGGAAGCAGCUAAAGCUUUAUAACCUAUAACCUUAUGUCUUGGCAAAGCAGCGGCCAGAGCGUUUUUGGGGCAUGCGACUUAGUCACGGGUGUGCUGGGAGAUGUGCCUCCGCUGCAGCCACAUACUGUAUGCUAGAUUAGCCGUUAAUGAUUAGCCAAGGCAGUGUACGGCCAGUUAGUUAGUAUUUAUGCAAUAGCAGGCAUAGUCAUGUAAGUGAAAAGCUACCGAAACUGCAUUUUGAGCCGAAGCAAGCAUCAACAUAUACACACAUUCGCAUAUGUUACAAUUGUUUUAAUUAUUCGACCGAAAGGCCAGCGAGAAUUGAUUGUUUUGUAAUUUGAAAUGAAAUAGAAGUGUAUACAUCAUGUUUGUAGUGGUUACCAACAAUUCGAUUGUCUAAAGUUGUAAUUUAAAGAUGGCAUUAACAUUUGCAUAAAUACACACACAUAGUUCAAGCUUAAUCAGACAUAAUGCAUACGCAUAACUUUUUCUAUACAAUACUUACCGAUUUCAAACAGCGCCAAAUGAACUUACACAUAAGCAAGUGGAGAAUCGUUCGAUUUUUAAUAUAAAUCAGCAACAUUGAUUAACAUAGUUAUAUAUCUUAUAAGGAAAAUAUAUAUAUUGCCGUCAUUUAAACGCG